CUGCCGCCGCCCGCCGCUGCUCCUCCUCCCGCCACCGCCUCGAGAGGGAGAGAGAGGGAGGCAGAGAGAGCGCUUUGUCCGCGCGCCGCCGCCCGGCCCGGGACUCUGCCCCGAGGAGGCAGCCGCGCCGAGUCCCCGCCUCCGCCUCUGCCCCCUGGCGGGCCGGGCCGGCCGCGGUGGGGGGAGCCAGGCUGAGGGUGAGGGUGGGGGUGGGUGGCGGGCGGGCGGAGGGCGGGGAGGGGGGGCGGAGGAGGAGGAGGAGAGACGAGGGCAGCGGAGGAGGCGAGGAGCGCCGGUACCGGGCCGGGGGAGCCGCGGGCUCUCGAGGAAGACACGGAUGAUGAACAAGCUUUACAUCGGGAACCUGAGCCCCGCCGUCACCGCCGACGACCUCCGGCAGCUCUUUGGGGACAGGAAGCUGCCCUUGGCGGGACAGGUCCUGCUCAAGUCUGGCUACGCCUUCGUGGACUACCCCGACCAGAACUGGGCCAUCCGCGCCAUCGAGACCCUCUCGGGUAAAGUGGAAUUGCAUGGGAAAAUCAUGGAAGUUGAUUACUCAGUCUCUAAAAAGCUAAGCUUAAGGACUGCCUUGAGAUUGUCUUGCUGGAAAUGCAGCAGAGCUAACAGUGCUGAACACUACAGAUACCGCUACCGCCUGUUAAUCUUCUCCUUCGGCAUAGCAGCGGCUUACCACUUACUGAACAUCUACUCUGCCUAUACUUUACACGCAUUAUCUCACUUAAUCCUCAAAGCAAACCCUGUGAGGAGCAGGAAAAUUCAGAUUCGAAACAUCCCUCCUCACCUGCAGUGGGAGGUGUUGGAUGGACUUUUGGCUCAGUAUGGGACAGUGGAGAAUGUGGAACAAGUCAACACGGACACAGAAACUGCCGUUGUCAACGUCACAUAUGCAACAAGAGAAGAAGCAAAAAUAGCCAUGGAGAAGCUAAGCGGGCAUCAGUUUGAGAACUACUCCUUCAAGAUUUCUUACAUCCCGGAUGAAGAGGUGAGCUCCCCUUCGCCCCCUCAGCGAGCCCAGCGUGGGGACCACUCUUCCCGUGAGCAAGGCCACGCCCCUGGGGGCUCUUCUCAGGCCAGACAGAUUGAUUUCCCGCUGCGGAUCCUGGUCCCCACCCAGUUUGUUGGUGCCAUCAUCGGAAAGGAGGGCUUGACCAUAAAGAACAUCACUAAGCAGACCCAGUCCCGUGUAGACAUCCAUAGAAAAGAGAACUCUGGAGCUGCAGAGAAGCCUGUCACCAUCCAUGCCACGCCAGAGGGGACUUCUGAAGCAUGCCGCAUGAUUCUUGAAAUCAUGCAGAAAGAGGCAGAUGAGACCAAACUAGCCGAAGAGAUUCCUCUGAAGAUUUUGGCCCACAAUGGCUUGGUUGGAAGACUGAUUGGAAAAGAAGGCAGAAAUUUGAAGAAAAUUGAACACGAAACAGGGACCAAGAUAACAAUCUCAUCUUUGCAGGAUUUGAGCAUAUACAACCCGGAAAGAACCAUCACUGUGAAGGGCACGGUCGAGGCUUGUGCCUGUGCUGAGAUAGAGAUUAUGAAGAAGCUGCGUGAGGCCUUUGAAAAUGAUAUGCUGGCUGUUAAUCAACAAGCCAAUCUGAUCCCAGGGUUGAACCUCAGCGCACUUGGCAUCUUUUCAACAGGACUGUCCGUGCUCUCUCCACCAGCAGGGCCCCGCGGAGCUCCCCCCGCUGCCCCCUACCACCCCUUCGCUACCCACUCCGGAUACUUCUCCAGCCUGUACCCCCAUCACCAGUUUGGGCCGUUCCCGCAUCAUCACUCUUAUCCAGAGCAGGAGAUUGUGAAUCUCUUCAUCCCAACCCAGGCUGUGGGUGCCAUCAUCGGGAAGAAAGGGGCACACAUCAAACAGCUGGCGAGAUUCGCCGGAGCCUCCAUCAAGAUCGCCCCUGCAGAAGGCCCAGACGUCAGCGAAAGGAUGGUCAUCAUCACUGGGCCGCCGGAAGCCCAGUUCAAGGCCCAGGGACGGAUCUUUGGGAAACUGAAAGAAGAAAACUUCUUUAACCCCAAGGAAGAAGUGAAGCUGGAGGCCCAUAUCAGAGUGCCCUCUUCCACAGCUGGCCGGGUGAUUGGCAAAGGUGGCAAGACCGUGAAUGAAUUGCAGAACUUAACCAGUGCGGAAGUCAUCGUGCCUCGUGACCAAACGCCAGAUGAAAACGAGGAAGUGAUCGUCAGAAUUAUCGGGCACUUCUUUGCUAGCCAGACUGCACAGCGCAAGAUCAGGGAAAUUGUACAACAGGUGAAGCACCAGGAGCAGAAAUACCCUCAGGGAGUCGCCUCACAGCGCAGCAAGUGAGGCUCCCACAGGCACCAGCAUAACAACGGAUGAAUGUAGCCCUUCCAACACCUGACAGAAUGAGACCAAACACAGCCAGCCAGAUCGGGAGCAAACCAAAGACCAUCUGAGGAGCGAGAAGUCUGCAGAGGUGGCCGGGACUCUGCAGAGGCCCCGAGAAUCCCAGGGGCUGAGGAGGGGUGGGGAAGGUCAGCCAGGCUGGCAGAACCACCGGCCCCAUCUCCUGCCCCCAGGGCUUCUGCAGGUUCAGCCAUCCACUUCACCAUCCACUCGGAUCUCUCCUUCACUCCCACGACGCUAUCCCUUUUAGUUGAACUAACAUAGGUGAACAUGUUCAAAGCCAAGCAAAAUGCACACCCUUUUUUGUGGCAAAUCGUCUCUGUACAUGUGUGUACAUAUUAGAAGGGGAAGAUGUUAAGAUACGUGGCUCGUGGGUUACAUGGGGUGCCUGCCGCGGUAAUAUAUUUUAGAAAUAAUAUAUCAAAUAACUCAACUAACUCCAAUUUUUAAUCAAUUAUUAAUUUUUUUUUUUCCUUUUUAAAGAGAAAGCAGGCUUUUCUAGACUUUAAAGAAUAAAGUCUUUCUUUGGGAGGUCUCACGGUGUAGAGAGGAGCUUCGAGGCCACCUACACAAAAUUCACCCAGAGGGAAAUCUGGUCGGAAGGACACUCACCGCAGUUCUGGAUCACCUGUGUAUGUCAACAGAAGGGAUACCGUCUCCUUGAAGAGGAAACUCUGUCACUCCUCAUCCCUGUCUAGCUCAUACAUCCAUUUCUCUUUGCUUCACAGGUUUUAAACUGGUUUUUUGCAUACUGCUAUGUAAUUCUCUGUCUCUCUCUGUUUAUCUCUCCCUUCCCUCCCGCCCCUUCUUAUCCAUCUCAUUCUUUUGAAUUCCCUCAUCCCUCCAUCUCAAUCCUGUAUGCACCUCCCCCCACCAGGCAAAGCAGUGCUCUGAGUAUCACAUCACACAAAAGGAACAAAAGCGAAACACACAAACCAGCCUCAUCUUAACACUUGGUUACUCAAAAGAACAGAGUCAGUGGUACUUGUCUUAGCGUUUUGGAAGAGGAAAACAGGAACCCAUCAAACCAACCCAUCAACCAAACAAAGAAAAAGUUCCACAACGAAAGAAUGUAUUUUGUCUUUUUGCAUUUUGGUAUAUAAGCCAUCAAUAUUUAGCAAAAUGAUUUCUUUCUUUAAAAAAAAGAUGUGGAGGAAAAGUAGAAAUUUACACAAGGUUGUUGGCCCAGGGCGUUAAAUUUACGGAUUUUUUUAACGAGAAAAACACACAGAAAAAGCUACCUCAGGUGUUUUUUACCUCAGCACCUUGCUCUUGUGUUUCCCUUAGAGAUUUUGUAAAACUGAUAGUUGGAGCAUUUUUUUAUUUUUUUAAUAAAAAUGAGUUGGAAAAAAAAUAAGAAAUCAACUGCCAGCCUGGAGAAGGUGACAGGCCAAGUGUGCAACAGCUGCUCUGAAUUGUCUUCCGCUAGCCGAGAACCUAGAUGGCCUUCUUUUGGACAAACCUUGAAAAUGUUUAUUUAAAAAAAAAAAUGACAAAGAAAAACAGAGAGAGAAUAUUGGAGGUGUCCUGAGUUUUAAUAGGGUACGCGCCAUUAGGGCUUUUUGCGCUAAAGGAUGAACAUGUACUGGUUUAUGUGAACAAGCCAUUUUACCACCAGACUGCAAUGCCAGUUUCCUCUACUGCAAACAGUGUUCUGUG